AUGUGGACAGACUCUUGCGCUCCUGGCAGAGGGCUCCAAAAAGGCGAAGGAAAACUGGCGACACCUCUCAAGUUGAUUCCAGCUCCUCGAGAGGAAAUCAUCCCUCAUAUCCGCCAUUGUUCCCUGCGUCGGAAGACUUCUUCCACCAGCCAGCAAUCUUUCACUCGGAGCUCGACCCGCUUGUUGAGCAGGACAGUACCUUUUGGUGACCUCAACAUACCUCCGACAAACCAGACCUCCCGGCCAAAUGUGGUCUCUAGUUCGCUUCCGGGACAAGAGGGAUCCCCCCAGGCCACCGCCUCUGCAGCCUUUACCCCUCAAAGCGCUCCAACUAAAAAGGCCUCAACCGCAACCCCUACUGCCUCCCAUUCAGCGGUGAGCUAUCUAGGCGACACUGGGAUCCUGAAGAUCUUCGAGCUGGACACUCGCAGAAUCGCAGAAAGUGACCCAUGCACCAAUAAUACACAUUCAGCAUUAUCCGUCGAUGCAGAUCUACCACCGCUCGAACUGCAACAAAGCUUUGCCGAGACCUACUUCGACUAUUGUUGGACUUGGUGUCCUGUAUUCCACGCCGACCGCUUCUGGUCUGACCUAGACGUGCACCCUUCGCGUCUCUUGGUCAACGCAUUGGCUUUGUUAGGAACUCAGGUCCGUCCACCACUGAUUCAGCACGCCAAAGCUGCAGAUUAUUACAAUCGAGCCAAGUUGUUGUUCUACACCGAUGAAGAGAAUAAUCCCAUUACAUGUUUGCAGGCUAUAAUGCUGUUCUAUUGGUGGGCUCCGAGGGGCCCUUCACUUGUACACAAGGACGCCGCUUGGUGGUGGACUGGUGUUGCCAUCAAAUAUGCUCAACAGGUCGGCUUACACCGCGAACCAAGAAAACUAGAAGAUGUCGGUGGUCCGGCCAUGCAAGGGCAGCGGAGAAGAAUCUGGUGGACACUCUUCGCCCGAGAGCGAUUGACGAGCACCUGUCAAGGACGGCCUGUCACAAUUGACCCGGCAGAUUGCAACGUUCGCGAGCCAUCUUUAGAGGAUUUCACCCCGUCCGAGAUUGAAGACGGACGCGCAGACGUCUUUAUCCAAUGGGUUCGCCUCUGCACCGUUGUCGGCCGUGUCGGUCAACACAUUUCUCGCCAAUCAAGCCCACCAUCCUUUCCAACUCCUCUGGCUGAGGAACUUGUCCAGUGGGUUCAGAAUCUUCCUCCAAGGCUUCGUUUGCCAGAUACUUCAGAUCGCACUCGAAAGUUCGACCGGGACAUCCUGGCUCUACAUUUACCCUACCUCACCAUUGUGACCAUCCUACACCUGAGUUGGUCGUCUCAGAACCCAUCCCAAGCCUUACCAGAAGCCUACGCUGCUGCAGUUCUAUCGGCAUCCUGCACCACUCGCAUUUUCAAGGAUCUCCUUGCCCGGGGCGAGAUCCGCUUUCUCGGCGCCAUCGCCUGCUGGUACGUCGGGGUUGCCAUUGUAGCACUUCUGCACACGCAACGCCUGGACCAACUCGCCGAGUGCGGGGCUGAAGAUAUUCGUACACUCAAAGUUGCUCUGAAUGAGCUCGCAUCUCUGUGGCCAUCGACCGACAUUUUCGUCCAGGGUUUCGAUCGUCUGCGUGUGUUUGAGAACCUAGGACGCACCCGUCCCAACAAAGACGCUGUCAACUCUCACCAAAACGUCGCCCACUCUGCAAAGGACAAUGUCAGUACUCCGCUGCGGGAUCUUGACUGGUAUCAUGGUAUCGACUGGCAUAGCUUCUUCCCCGGCAUCAGUGCUAGAACCUCUAGCCUUGCAGCCACCCUAUUAGAAGAAAAGCAAGGCGACCUGUGGGGGGCAACGUCAUGGCUCAGCGACUCAGCCCUGCAAUUUCAAGACCUCUUUAACGAGCCGAACGUUGCCUUGGAUCCGUCACUGGAGAAUCUAUCCUCGCUCUGGUGGCCAGCUAUCUUAUCUGAUGGUUCUGUGGGUUUCAAUUGAGAGCCCAUUUCACCCCAGCAGGCGACCAACAACCAGUCCAUACAUCACCUCGGAUCGAAUUUUCCGGGCGAAGCUUGAUACGAAAUAGACCAACUGCCUGACCCACGAGAUCUCUUUGUUUAUCUACGUAUGGGAUCUCUAUACACAAUCUACUGAUCUCUGCUCCUCUGAUAAGCCAGAAUUCUCUCCACCUCGUCAUCUGCCGUCUGCAGAAUGUGGGUUGGACCGAAUUGCGGUUUCCACCCCAGCUUCUCACCACUUCUUGCCGUGAGCCUACAUCUGUAAGGUCAAAUUGAAGUGUCAGUCUUGGUAAUCCAUUUCCAGAGAUCUGUCAUGCCGCAAUGGAUAUCUCUCGGGUCAACUCGUUCAGAGUAAAGGAAGACUUACGCUCCUCCGAGCUGCAAUGCAACCAGUUCCCUCGGAGUCUUAAGCCCCUUUGCCAUUCGGUCCAUGGCAUCCUCAUCAGCUUGCUCCACGACGUUGUCAGAAAUAACACCUCGUUUGGUCAGCGCCUCCCCGAUAGCCCGGUAGAGAUCUACCCAAGCAAUGGUGCCACUGGCAGCUAGGUAGUAUCGGCAUUUCUUCUGGUCCGAGUUCUUCCCUGUUAGGAUCGAAUUGACUAUCGCCAGAUAGAGAGCGGUAUUGUCUAAAACAUGGCAGACAGGCCAUGUCUGUGGGAGAACCACAUACCAAUAUGUCAGUGCCAUGUCCACCUAGUCAAUACCAGGGGUUUCUGAUGAAGGGUAUGACAAACCGGUUUGCCGGAAUCCACGCUAUACACCCGUCCCGCUUCCUGCGCCGCGCUCACAAUCGCUACUGUCUGAAUAGAAAUCGGAUUUCCAAACCCCUCACCCUCGCCAUCUACGUUCAAACUCAAGAGUGUGGGUCAGUGGAACCAUGUUUAAGAGUGCAGCAAUAGUCUCAGAUUUCAAGAGGAGCCUGUAAAGUCCCCGUGGGCAAGAAAGAUGACGGUGCAAGACUUACAAACGAUACACGGUACAAAGAUGUAGCCUUUGACAUCCAAUGACUCGC